AUGGCCUUCAAUAGCAAACGCAAGUUCGACGACGCUGAAGAGCUCGCUCGUGAGACCUACAUAUCCGUCAAGCAUACCAAGGUGGCGCCCAUUGCUGAGCCUAUGGUUACUGAGGAUGUCGAUAUGGCAGGUGACAAUGCACCAUCCCCUGCCCCCUCACUUGCCUCUCUUGCUACCACUGCCUCUUCGCACAACUCUCCCGCCUAUCCUCAUUUCGACCUGUAUCCGUUCCCGACCUCCGGAGACGCCGACAUGAUGGAUUCCGACCCUGGAUUUGACCCCAGGAAGCAAGCCUCGAACCGCUCCGACUCGACCGUCGGUCUGAUGCAACCUCAAACUAUUGCUAGCGAUUUUGUUCACCAUGGCGCCAAUUGCUCGCAGAUCCCCCGCCUCCGUCUGGCCUCGCAUCCUGGUCUCGAUGGGCGCCGCAGCCUCUGGAGUCAUUGUAUUGAAUGUGGCGCCGUCGAAAUGGUUUCGAAUUCGUAA